GCACGGUAGUGCCCAAUUUGAGUUUGAGAUGCCUUCAUUCCGCCGCGUUCAAGUCCACACGUGGUCGACGAACUUCCGCAAGGCCACGAAGAUCGAGGUGGACCAGGAGCUGCCUAAACCGUCGGCUGGUAAUGUGGUGGUUAAGAACCAUUUCCUCGGUAUCAACGCGACGGAUAUCAACAUUACGAACGGAGGCUACGGCCGCACGUCGCUCCCCAUCAACUGCGGGCUCGAAGGAGUGGGCGUUGUGGAGUCUGUGGCUGAGGGGGUGACCGACGUCAGCGUUGGCGAGACCGUCGCUUACCAACAUUUGGGGGCCUUUGCCGAGUACACGGAGGUUCCAACGGCCAAGAUCGUCAAGACGCCGGAGUUGUCGCCGUCCGUGAUCCCCCUCACGGUCUGCGGCGUAUCCGCGUCUCUGGCUUUGGAGAAGGCAGGUGAAAUGAAGUCCAACGAAACAGUAUUCGUGUCUGCCGCUGCCGGUGCUACUGGGCAAUUCGUUGCGCAGCUAGCAAAACUGGCUGGUAACCACGUUAUUGGGGCGUGCAGCUCCGACGAGAAGGUGGAGUACCUCAAGUCACUUGGUGUAGACCGCCCUAUCAACUACAAGAAGGAGGAUCUAAACGAAGUACUCAAGAAAGAAUACCCGGCUGGUAUUAACCUCGCCUUUGAAAGUGUGGGCGGGGAGCUGUUCAAGGCGGUGCUGGACAACAUCGCGAUCUUUGGUCGCAUCAUUGUGUUCGGUAAUGUUUCGCACUACCACGGUGAUGCUGGCACGGACCCGCAGUACGGGUACCAGCAAAACCGCAAGAUGCAGCUCCGUUCCGCUUCGCUGCGUGGGUUUCUGCUCUUUCACCACGCUCAGCAUGCCCAUGAGCAUCUGCAGAAUCUGCUGAGCUUGAUCAAUGAGGGCAAACUGAAGGCUGGCAUUGAUCCUACCGAGUUCCGCGGCUUGGAGAGUAUCCCGGAUGCCAUUGACCGCUUGUAUGCGCAGAAGAACAUCGGCAAGCUCGUGAUCAGGCUGUGAUCGGUGCCCGAUUGCCCGACGUAAGGAAGGGUAAAACAAUAUACGUAAGGUGGACCCGUUAA